UGAGCCUUUUCCCUUUCCCCUGCCGCCAUAUCCAGUUUGCGUUGGAGAAUCAAACACAGAGCAGUCACACAAAAGAAGUGGUUCCAAUGGCCUCCAUUUUCAGCCAGCCUGGCUGCUGCUUCAGAAUCCAUCGACGAUGCCGUUUCAACUCUCUAAGAUUCUUCCCCUCCAAGCCUUUCGCUUCCCAUUCCAAUUCUCAUCGCCAUUUCUCUCACAAGCCACUCAGAAAAUCCUUCGUUCUCGAUGUUUCCAGAAGCUUCUCUCAAUCUCACCACCUCCUCAACGCUGAUCUCCCCGCUCUCCAUCAUUUCAUUGCUCAGUCUUCCCUCACGGCCUCUCAACCACCGCCCCGUAUUUUUCCUAGUGACGAAUCAGUUUCGGAAGUUGCCUCGAAAGGUAGAAUUUAUCAUGAGACAUAUGGAUGUCAAAUGAAUAUAAAUGAUAUGGAAAUUGUGCUUUCAAUUAUGAAGAAUGCUGGAUACAGUGAAACAGUGGAAGUUCCUGAGAGUGCUGAGAUUAUAUUUAUUAAUACUUGUGCGAUAAGGGACAACGCUGAGCAAAAAGUGUGGCAAAGGCUUAACUAUUUUUGGUUUUUGAAGAGGUGUUGGAAGAGUAAUGUAGAUUCAGGAAGGGCGCAGUCGUUGCAGCCACCAAAAGUGGUGGUUUUAGGAUGUAUGGCUGAAAGGUUAAAGGAUAAGAUUCUGGAUGCUGAUAAGAUGGUUGAUGUGGUAUGUGGACCCGAUGCUUAUAGAGAUUUGCCGAGGUUGUUGGAAGAGGUUGAUUACGGUCAGAAAGGGAUUAACACUCUUCUUUCGCUUGAAGAGACAUACGCGGAUAUUAGUCCUGUUAGGAUUUCAAAAAAUGCAGUUAUGGCUUUUGUGUCGGUGAUGAGAGGGUGUAACAAUAUGUGCUCAUUUUGUAUUGUUCCGUUUACUAGAGGUAGAGAGAGGUCUCGUCCCGUGGAGUCUAUUGUGAAGGAGGUAGGUGAGCUUUGGAAAGAAGGUGUGAAGGAGGUAACACUCCUUGGACAGAAUGUGAAUAGUUAUAAUGAUGCAUCUGGAAGUGAAAAUGAAAUUGAACCUGGAAAUAAUUGGGCGUUGAGCGAAGGGUUUAAAAGCAUGUGCAAAGUGAAAAAGAUGGGCUUACGUUUUGCUGAUCUUUUAGAUCGACUUUCUACUGAGUUCCCGGAGAUGAGGUUCAGAUAUACAUCCCCACACCCUAAAGAUUUUCCAGAUGAGUUGCUUUAUGUGAUGCGAGACCGCCAUAAUAUCUGUAAGUGUAUACAUUUGCCUGCACAAACAGGAAGUACCACAGUACUUGAAAGAAUGCGGCGAGGGUAUAGUAGAGGGGCUUAUCUAGAGCUCGUUCAGAAGAUACGCAGAAUCAUUCCAGACGUUGGAAUAAGCAGUGAUUUUAUAUGCGGUUUCUGUGGGGAGACAGAGGAGGAACACGCUGACACACUAAGCCUAAUAAAGGCAGUUGGUUAUGAUAUGGCAUACAUAUUUGCAUACAGCAUGAGAGAGAAAACUCAUGCCCAUAGAAACUACUCGGACGACGUUCCUGAAGAAGUCAAGCAAAGGAGGCUUAGUGAACUUAUUAAGGCUUUCCAUGAGACUACUUGCCAGCAUUACGACUCUCAGGUGGGAACCAUCCAACUUGUGCUGGUCGAAGGACCAAACAGGAAAGCUCCAGAAACAGAGCUUGUGGGCAAAAGCGAUAGAGGCCAUAGAGUUUCAUUUGUUAAUCUCCCUUUGCUAGAUCGAGAUAAUCAAGGGGACAGCAAACAGAACCCUGUUGUCGGUGAUUAUGUAGAAGUUCAUAUAACGAAGUCCACAAGAACAUCACUUUAUGGAGAGGCACUAGCUAUAACCAAAUUAACCACAUUUUACAACAACGUGGAGAAAGCAACAGUUGCCUGCGGCAUUUGAAGUUGAAAACCGGCUGCAUUUUACUGCUGUGCACGUGGUUGGUCUUCUAACCAGUUUCACUCUUGUUUCAUAAUGCUAUAAUUGCUUGAUAGAGAUUUGACAUUAAUUACUAGGCUAUUAAUAGUUAUUUUUGCAAGAGAAUUUGAUAUCAAAUAUGCGCAUAACAAAUGCCAUAAAGAUCAUUGAUAUUUAUUUGUAAUGAUAUUGUUUUUUUAACAUGGUCAUCUAUUAUAUGAAAA